AUGAAACAACCGCUCAAUCCGCUGAGCGGCCGCGUCACCGCAAAUGGAACUCCGGUCAGCCACGACGCCCUCACCGUCGCACAACACAUCCUCGACCAACAACAAAUGCAUCCCGAUGCCUCGGGCAAUUUCUCGUGGCUUCUCUGCGGGAUCACGCUGGCGACGAACAUGAUCGCCGCGCAGGUGCGUCGAGCCGGCCUGGCCGAUGUGCUUGGCACCACCGGCACCACGAAUGUGCAAGGCGAGAAGGUUCAGAAACUCGACACCUACGCCAACACCGCGCUGUUCGAGUGCUUGGGCAAUCGAGACAAUGUGGGGGUUUUGGCCUCCGAGGAGAACGAAGAGCCCAGCGUCGUGUUCAGCAAAGCCGACUCGGGCGAGUACGUCGUCAUCUUCGACCCCUUGGAUGGCUCGGGGAACAUCGACCUCAAUGUCAGCGUCGGUACGAUCUUCUCGAUCUUCCGCCGCGACAUGUCGAACCACGAAGACCCGGCCAGCGACGUUCUGCAACCUGGCGACAAGCAAAUCGCCGCCGGCUACGUGCUCUACGGCUCCUCAACCAUGCUCGUCUACACCACCGGUGAUGGGGUUUAUGGUUUCACGCUCGAUCCACUCAUCGGCGCGUACGUGCUAAGCCACCCCAACAUCAAGAUGCCGCAUCGGGGGAACAUGUACUCGGUGAACGAGGCCAAUGCCGACAGCUUCCCCGAGUAUGUCCGCCGGUUCCUGCACUGGCUCAAGUCGGGCGAAGACGGCACGCACUACUCGUCGCGGUACAUCGGAUCACUGGUGGCCGACUUCCACCGCACGCUGCUCAAGGGUGGGAUCUUCAUGUACCCCUCGACGGCCACCAAUCCCGAUGGCAAGUUGCGGCUCCUCUAUGAAGCCAACCCCAUCGCCUUCCUAGCCGAGCAAGCCGGCGGGAUGGCCAGCAACGGGUUCCAGCGGAUCAUGGAGAUUGAGCCCCACACCCUGCACCAACGCAUCCCCCUUGUCGUUGGCAGCCGCUACGAAGUCGAACGACUCCACACGUUCGCCGAAAAGCACGCCGCCGACGCACAAGCUCCGUUCUUCGCGGGGGUCGAUUUGGGGGGCACCAACGUCAAGAUCGGGGUCGUCGACGAUCAGGGGCGCACGCUCAGUUACCUCACCGAGCCCACUGAAGCCGAACAGGGGGCCGAGAACGGGGCCAAGCGGAUGAGCGACGCCCUCGGCAGAGCCAUCACCGCCGCAGGGCUGACCAGCAGCGAUGUGAAGCAAGUGGGGCUCGGCUCGCCCGGCACCAUGGACGUCCCGGCCGGGAUGCUCAUUCGCCCCCACAAUCUGCCUGGCUGGUUCGAUUUUCCGAUUCGAGACCGCCUCAGCCACCAUUGCGGGCUCCCGGUCACGUUCACCAACGACGCCAACGCCGCGGCCUACGGCGAGUUCUGGAUCGGGGCCGGAACCUCGAUGCACAGCAUGGUCAUGCUCACCCUCGGCACCGGAAUCGGCUGUGGGAUCAUCAUUGGCGACCUCAGCAUCGAAGGCGAAAACAGCCACGGGGCCGAAUGUGGGCACAUCAUCAUCGCCCCCGCCGAAGACGCCCGCAUGUGCGGCUGCGGCCAGCCAGGCCAUCUCGAGGCCUACUGUAGUGCCCCCCACGUCGUAGACCGCACCCAGCAAGCAUUGGCCUCCGGCCGCGAAUCGUCGCUAUCGGCCCGCAUUACCGCCGGAGAAGAGCUGACCCCGAAAAUGCUGGCCCAGGAGGCUUCAAACGGUGACGCCGUGUCGCGUGAGAUCGUGUUCGAAACGGCCCGCUAUCUGGGCAUCGGGGCGGUCACCCUGCUGCAUACCAUCGACCCCAGCGGCAUCGUCCUGGGGGGUGGGAUGACCUUCGGCCGCAACGAAACCCAGUUGGGACGCGAGUUUAUGGAGGAGUUUCGCAGAGAAGUCCACAAACGGGCCUUUCCUGUAAUCGCCGAACGGGUGAUGAUUGACUAUGCCUCACUCGGAAGCGACGCCGGAUACGUCGGCGCCGCUGGCAUCGCCCGGAUCGCGAACACAGAGUUGCCACCAUUCGACCGUAACCUAAUUCGCAACUUCUCGAUCAUCGCCCACAUCGACCACGGCAAAAGCACCCUGGCCGAUCGGCUGUUGGAGAGUACCGGUACGCUGCAAAAGCGGGAACUCCGCGAACAGAUCCUCGACGAUCUGCAGCUCGAGCGCGAUCGCGGCAUCACCAUCAAAGCCCGCGCCGUUUCGCUCCGCUAUCCAUACAAAGGCAAAGUCUACGAGCUGAAUCUCAUCGACACUCCCGGCCACGUCGACUUCCACUACGAAGUCUCCCGCAGCCUCGUCUGCUGUGAGGGGGCCAUCCUGCUGGUUGACGCAUUCCAAGGGGUCGAAGCGCAAACCGUAGCCAACGCCUACGCGGCCAUUGAGAAAGACCUGGAGAUCGUCCCGGUCAUCAACAAGGUCGAUCUCACUCACGCCCGCGUGGACGAAGUGUUGGUCGAGAUGGAGCAGAGCCUCGGCAUCGACCCAGAUGGGGUCUUACGCUGCAGCGCCAAGACCGGCAUUGGAAUUGAACCACUGCUUGAAGCCAUCGUCGAGCGGAUUCCACCCCCGGUGGGCGACCCCGAUGCCGACGCCCAAGCCAUGGUGUUCGAUUCGCACUACGACGAGUUCCGUGGCGCGAUCACUUAUGUGCGAAUGAUGAGUGGUACCGUCCGCAAGGGGCAGAAGAUUCGCUUUCUCAAAGCCGGCACCACGCACGAGAUCGUCGACCUGGGCCAGUUUGUGCCGACGCGCAAGUCGUGCGAUGAAUUGAAGGCCGGACAGGUCGGUUACCUCAUCUGCAACAUUAAGUCGCUCAGCGAUGUCCACAUCGGCGACACCGUGGCCUCGGCCGACAACCCCGACGUGAAAGCGCUUCCCGGAUAUCAGCAACCCAAGCGGAUGGUCUACUGCGGUCUUUAUCCGUCCGACGGAGAAGACUUCGAAGGGGUCCGCGACGCAUUGAACAAGCUCAGCAUCAACGAUCCCAGCUUCGAGUUCGAACCUGAAACGAGCGACGCCCUCGGCUUCGGUUUCCGUUGUGGCUUCCUGGGGCUGCUGCAUAUGGAAAUUGUUCAGCAACGCCUGGAGAGCGAAGCCGAUCUCGAUCUCGUGCAGACCGCGCCGAACGUUACCUAUCAAAUCCUCACCACCGAUGGCCAACUGUUGGAAAUCCACAACCCACAGAAAGUGCCUCCGGCGGAUAAGAUUGAGGAGUUCCGUCAGCCCAUCGUGCGGGUGAACUUCAUUCUGCCCGCCGAAUACAUCGGCCCGGUAAUGCAACUUUGCACCGAUCGACGGGGUACUUACAUACGCACCGAAUACCUUUCGCCGACGCGAACGAUCCUGACGUACGAUCUGCCGCUGGCCGAGGUGAUUUACGAUCUGUACGACAAGCUUAAGAGCUGCACGCGUGGUUAUGGUACGAUGGAUUACGAGCUGCAGGGCUACUAUCCGGCCGAUCUCGUGAAGCUCGAUAUCCUGGUUGGCGGUAAACGCGUCGAUGCGUUGAGUGUGAUUUGCCAUCGCGAAGACGCCGAUCACCGUGGACGUGCCGUGGUGAAGAAACUUCGUGGCGAGAUCGACCGGCACAUGUUCGAGAUUGCGUUGCAAGCCGCAAUCGGAAACCGUGUGAUCGCCCGCGAAACCAUUUCGGCCAUGCGAAAGAAUGUCACCGCUAAGUGUUACGGCGGCGAUAUUUCGCGUAAGCGAAAGCUGUGGGCGAAACAAAAAGAAGGCAAGAAACGGAUGAAGUCGAUCGGCAGCGUCGACAUUCCUCAGAAGGCCUUUCUCGCCGCGACCUGCGCCGACUGUGGCUACGAAUUUGCUGUGGGCACCGAUGCCCCGUUGCCCACGCAUGCCGUCUGCCCCAACUGCGGCUAUCCCGACAAUCCACUGGAUGUGCUGCCGACCAUCAGUGGCGACCGGCUACUGGUUGGCAAGAACUCCUUCUCCACACACCCGCCCAAGCGGUGGGACGUGAUCGUGUUUCAACACCCCCAGAUCUCACACAAAGCCUACAUAAAACGCGUGGCCGGAUUGCCCGGCGAAGCGGUGCAGAUCCACCGCGGCGAUCUGUACAUCGACGGCGAAAUCCAGCGCAAGACGCUUGACCAGCAGAGGGCCGUUUCGGUCAACGUCUUCGAUAACCGUUAUCGCCCCGGCGGCGAGUCCGAUCUUCCACCACGCUGGCAAGGCGACGGGCCCAACACGCAGUGGAAAGCCGACGGUGACGGCUUCGUGCAUCCAGACGAUUCAUCGCCCCCGAACGCAGACGAGAUUCAACCGCCCGUCGAUUGGCUGGUCUAUCGACAUUGGCGCCGUGUGCCGGGCCGACCCAAUCGGGUUGAAGAAGUGCCCAUCACCGACAACUGCGGCUACAACCAGCAUGUGUCCCGCGUGCUGAAUCAUGCCAGCGACCUGAUGCUACGUUGUCAUGCGAAGAACACGGGGCCUGGUUCACUGUGGUGGCGCAUCUCCGAUGGCCGCGACCAACUCAUGGUCCGUUUCGAUCCAUCCUCCGGCCGCGCCCGGCUCUGGCACAACGAACGGCUGGUCGACGAGGUGCAAUUCCCUCACCCGCUUGCACCCAGCGGAGCAUUGUUCGAGCUUUCGCAAUACGACCGGCAGUUUCUGAUGGCGAUCGACGGCGAGCUGGUUUUCGAGCCGUACGAGUACGAGGAAUCGACCAAGCCUUAUCAACCAACCUCCCGCCCGGUUGCGAUCGGCGCUUUGCAACUGGCAGUUGAGAUUACGGAAUUGCAAUUGUUACGCGACGUGUACUACACGCACCCCACAUUCGCCGCAAAGCCUUGGGCCAUCGGUAAGCCAUACAAAUUGGGCGACGAUGAGUACUUCGUUCUUGGUGAUAACAGCCCGUUGUCGGAAGAUAGCCGGGCUUGGAACGAUAGCCCCGCGGUGCCAGCCGAUCUGCUUGUGGGACCAUUCAUGAGUUUAGAGACCAGCGAAAUCGAGAAUAAGGCGCCGUCGCAUCACACGCCCCAAAAGCAAACGCAUCACGACGGCGGAGGGUGGCGGGAAACGGUCGAGUCGAUUGUGAUUGCCCUGAUCCUGGCCUUCUUGUUUCGCACCUUCGAAGCCGAAGCGUUCGUCAUCCCCACCGGAUCGAUGGCCACGACGCUGAUGGGCCGGCACAAAGAUGUUGAAUGCCCCGAGUGCGGCAUCGAGUUCAAAGUAAACGCCAGCGACGAAGUGGAUCAGUACGGGCGAGUGAUCGACCCCGCGAACCACUCGGCUAUCCGCGGCGGAGUUUGCCCGAACUGUAACUACAAAAUGUCUUUUGAAGAUACCGACGGCCACAUCACGGCCCCGUCGUACAAGGGCGACCGCAUCCUGGUUGGCAAACAAGCCUAUGCCACCGAAGAUCCGCAGCGGUGGGAUGUCGUGGUGUUCCGCUAUCCGCACGGGGCGGCUACCAACUACAUCAAACGGCUCAUUGGCCUGCCGAACGAGACAGUGCAAAUCGCCCAGGGCAACAUCUACGUCCGCGGCAAUGACAGCGAUCAAUUCACGAUCGCCCGCAAGCCGCCGGAGAAAGUCGCCGCGCUGCUGCGAGGGGUUCACAACAACGACUACAAAUCUUCGCGGUUGCAAAGCCUGGGCUGGCCCCCGCGGUGGAGUCCCUGGUCGCCCACUGGGGCACCGCCCAGCAAUGGUUGGGUAAGCGACGAAGGCCAUCGAAAGUUCAGUGUCGAAAGCCCCACCCAGGACACGGUCUGGCUGGCCUAUCACCAUUUGUUGCCACCAUCGGAGAUUUGGGCGGCCGCCGAGCAGAACAUUCCCUGGGAUAUCGGGGCCCCUCGGCCACAACUCAUCACCGAUCGCACCGCCUACAACUCGCCCAUUGGCGAGUACGAAGACUCGAGCGAUCAGAACGAAUCAAAAGGGCUGCACUGGGUUGGCGACCUGGCCAUCGAGUGCACCGUCGAUGUGCAGCAGGUGAAUCAAGGUGGAUCGCUCACCUUUGUGCUUAUCAAAGGUGGACGGCAGUUCCGCUGUGUAUUCAAUCUGAACAAGUCCUCUGUGCGGCUGCAGAUCGACGCCAUCGCCGACUUUCGUCCCACGGCCGAGGGGAUCGAACUCACCGGCGGACCGCGUCGCAUUCGCUUCGCCAAUGUCGACGAUCAACUUCUGCUGUGGAUUGACGAGACGCUAGUCUCUUUCGAUGCCCCGACGGCAUACCCCAGCUUCGAUCGCACUGUUCCCACGGCCGAAGAUCUCACCCCAUUGCGCAUUGGUGCGAGAGAGACGAAGCUGACCAUCGAACACCUGGAGCUGAAACGCGAUAUCUAUUACAUCGCUGAUCGCCAGAGUCGGUUAAGCGACUACAUCUACCUGCCGUUCUCGAUGGGCAGCGAAAGUGAGAUCGCCGAGUUCUUUUCCACCCCGGCACUGUGGCCAAAGGUGUUCGACGAACAGAUGCGAACGGUGGAGUUCACGCUCGAGCCCGAUCAGUUCUUCGUGCUGGGAGACAACAGCGCACGCAGCCAAGAUGGGCCCUGA